AUGAGUGCUGAUUUGGCUAAACAAUCUGUUAAUCAGUAUUUGGAGGAAUUGCCUCAACCUGUGCAAUGUAAGUUGUACGAGUCGCCAGCUACUUGUUUGGCUAUAUAUCGUUUGCUACCUCAAUUGGCGAAAUUUUUCAUUAUGUCUAUGGUUUUCAAUGAUAAUGAGAUUUCGUUACGUGAUCUAGAUCGAUGGGUUAAAGCAAGUGCAAAAGUACAGUUUCAAGAAUCGAUUAAAUGUAUGAAAUCUUUGAAUUUGUUGAUUCCAGGCAAAGAACCAGGUUCAAUCAUGGUUAAUUUGAAUCCAACUUUUAGAAAAAGUUUGAGGAAUGCAUUGAGUGGUGGUGAGAUUAACAAUUCAUUUGGUAUUGUCGUGGAUUCAGAUAAUGAUCUUGUCACUAGGGCAAUGUUGGAUAGCUAUUCUGCUGAUAAAUGGGAAACAAUCUUGCAUUUCAUGGUGGGAACACCGUUGGUGAGCAUUCCUUCGGAUAAUGUUUUGAACUUGUUGAAACAUAGUAAAUUGAUGGAAGAGGUUGAAAGUACAGGUGAGUUUAAAAUCACAAAUGAAGGCUUCCAAUUUUUAUUGCAAGAGGUGAAUUUACAGAUUUGGACUUUGCUAUUGCAGUAUUUGAAAAUGGCAGAAACUUUCCGUAUGAAUCCCGUAGAUGUGUUACACUUUAUAUUCAUGUUAGGUGCUUUGGAAUUUGGUAAAGCUUAUAGCACAGAAGAGUUGAGUGCCACUCAAAAGACAAUGAUGAAAGAUAUGAGGGAUUAUGGGUUGAUCUUUCAAAAGAAUUCAAAUACAAACGUUUUUUACCCAACUAGAUUGGCGACUAUGUUGACUUCUGAUUCGAGAACAGUGAGAAACGCAUCAAGUGCAAUGGACAGUGUCUUGACACAAAGUAAAGAUGAACCAAGCGGUGCAACAAGUGGUUCUGCAGACGUGGAUGAACAAGUUGGUACUCAGGGACAAAACAUUCAAGAUGGUGCAUUGGUAGUGGAGACCAACUUUAAAUUGUAUUCUUACUCUAACUCUCCAUUGCAAAUUGCGAUCUUAUCCCUUUUUGUACAUCUGAAGACUAGAUUUUCUAAUAUGGUUACAGGUCAAAUCACUAGGGAAUCCAUUAGAAAUGCACUUUCGAACGGUAUUACAGCGGAACAAAUUAUUGCGUAUCUAGAGACACAUGCACAUCCACAAAUGAGAAGGUUGGCGGAAGAAAGGUUAAAGAAGAAACUAGAACUGGAUCAAAACUCUAAAGAAACUUUACAAAUACUUCCUCCAACUGUGGUUGAUCAGAUCAAACUAUGGCAACUGGAAUUAGACAGAAUUAUAAGUUACGAAGGGUCGCUAUAUUCUGAUUUUGAUAACAAACAGGAAUACGACAUGUUAUACUCAUAUGCUCAGGACAUUGGUGUGUUGAUAUGGAAAGAUGAUAGAAAGAGAAAGUUUUUCGUAUCUAAAGAAAGUAAUUCGCAAGUAUUAGAUUAUGCUAAACGGAAACUUAAAAAGAAAUAG